AAUGGAAGUCCCGCCUCUGGUUAUGCUUAUUUGCAUUGUGGCUGAUAUGAUCGACCGACGGGCCGAGGGUAGACGCAACAAUCAGCCCUCGUUAACUUCGUAUUAACUCAAUGCUGGUAUCUACCCUCUAGUCCUCCCGACUUUCACUGCGUAAUGGCUAACAGCCUCACCGAUGAGUGCACCCCUUUCAAGCGGGAGUACGACUCGUGCUUUAAUGCCUGGUUUGAAGGCUAUCUGGAACCUGCAGUAGCUGCAAGUCCAGAGCAGCGCAGCAAGUACUCUCAAGAGAAGGCAGCUGAGUACGAGCGUGACUGUGGAAAGAUUUGGACUCAAUAUCGGGAAUGCGUUCAGAAAGCCGUGAAGGACAAGGGACUUGACACUCUUUUAGAACAAGCUCGACAGGAAAAUCCUCUUAAGGAACCUCCCACUAUACCUAAACCAGACAGAACGUAGUUCGCCGUUGAUUGUUCGAUGGCGAGUGCUCUAUCAUCGUCCCGCCGGCAGGGUACGUUGCACGUCGGAUUAUCUUUACUUUAUCAUGACCAUAAUAUAGUAGACCUUGUUUCGGGUUCCGACACCUAAUGUCGAGACAUCUAUGCAUCACUUUCUAGUGAUUGUUCUCGUGGCGACUUCAUUCGAGGUUGCCUCCUGGUAACAUACCACUCCCGGCGGCGUAUUCUGAUGGUUAUAGAAUAUUCCCUUGUUGUCAUUCAUAACUCUUGCCUUGUUUGUCUACGGAAUGCCACAUUUAUCGUCGCAUCCAACGCGUGAUUCCCUCGUUGCCUCCGUAGUGUUUGGUUCGCGAUGGUUCACGAUGUCGUGUAUUUCCAACGUUCUGAUGUGGUUUCAUUUUGCCGUGUGCACUUCGAAGGGUGGCUUAUUUUCUACACAAUAACAGUCUCGGCAGCGUCAGCCCUUGGCCGACCCAUUCAUUACUAUACGAAGGUAUACAGGAGUGGAUAUAAUGUAGAAUCUACGAGAAGGCUGUGAAUCGAUAUUUUGACUACGAGAACAAGGAAAGCAAACGGACGAUAAAUAUACACAUGAGAAGUAUACUAGGGGCAGUGACGACAAGAACGAAAGUCCAUGAAGAUUGUUACAAUCGAAGUCCGACGGAGAUGAUAUAAGAAGUGUCUAUGGAACAACCGAUAGUCCAGAUAGAAAGAGUUCGACGAAGCCUUGAAGGCUUUAGCAAAUUCGGAAUUUGCAGGGUGAUUAGGC